AUGUCGAAUCUGCUACUGGUAGUGCUAUCUGUGCUUGCUUUUGCUUGCUUUGUGGAAGCCCAAUGGGGCUAUGGAUAUCGGCCGUGGGGUGGUUUCGGCGGCUACCGGCCAUGGGGUGGCUACGGAGGCUACGGCGGCGGCUAUGGAUUUAGACCAAUGUGGCGACAACCAUUCUAUGGCGGCUACGGCGGGCCAUUUGGUGGUUACCACCCCUACGGUGGUGGCUUCGGUUACGGCAGACCAUUCUUUGGAUGA